AACAAACGUAUUGAAUUUCUAGAUAACAAUAUCAGCAUCAUAACAAAAUACACAAAAAUGUGAUAACUUAUGUCUUAUGCCUGAAUAAGUAUGUAGACAUUGACAGGUGGUAUAGUUCCGGUUACGACUUUCAAAGUAAAAGUCGUCUUGGAAGCUAAAGCCCAUAGAGCAAAUUCAUAUACAUACGUUGAUAAUUAAUAAAACAGAUUCACAUUGCCACUUGAACAUUAUGUAUCUACAAACACAGUCAACAAACUCAUUCAUCAGUUUUGGUUUUCCGGUAUGUUAAACUGUUAUUCUGUGUUGUGUGGUCUUUUACCCAUGAUUGUGUUGCUAUGCAACGAGUCAACAAAAACAGCCACAGAGGCUGUAGGCAGAUGCAGAGAUGUCGUCCAGUUACUCAGCAAAUCAGUAUAACAGUGCCUUCCAGUCCCAGAGGCUGCAGAAUUGGUGUGAGACGAAGCACUUCAAAGAGAGACCCACUGCACAGCAGGGUCACACCAUGUUCAUUGCCAAUGACAGAGGACAUCUGCUCCCAGGAGUGGUUAAAAGGGGCGGUGCAUGGCCAGACUUUAAGGGGACCUGGGAUCUACCUGCUCGUAUCCCAGCUCACCGCAUCAACCCCACAGGCCGCUCUGUGGAUGGUCUCAACAGGCUGAAGUCCUGGGGCUUUGACCCACAGCACAUCGGAAAGUCUCAGCAACACUGCUGCAGCAAAAACUCAGCUAGACUGCAGGAUGUUGGCAAACAGACCAAUGGGGAUGUGCAGCAGGACUGUGCCGCCCCAUCCUCCGCAGCUGAGGCCCGGCCAGCAUCUCAGAACCGCCCUGUCACUGGAGGCGAGAGAACUGCCAGCCAAAACCAGGACUCGCAGGCAGCUGUGGCUGGAUCUGUAGCUCAGUCUGCUGAAGACAAACAAGCUACUGUGGCCACUGGGGAAGACAGGCCAUUGAGCCAGCGCUCUGCAGCUGAAGAGAAACCAGCUGCUGGAGAGGAAACCAACAGCAGGCCUGAAACUGGCAAGGGGAGACCAGCAAGCAAUGUGUCAGAGAAAGCAACCAGUUGAGGAGCACCACCAUCCUCCAAACAGAGAUACAGAGACACACAGCAAGACCAGUGAACUUAUUUAAUUCUCUAGUGGAUGAAAACAAUACCUACAAAAAUAAAUGCAUUGUAACUCUA